AUGGGCUGUACUGGGGAUCGCGAGAAAGGCCCGCCUGAGCACACUCAGAAAUGGGACUUCAUCACUUUGAGCGACUUCCGGUCGACCUCGGCUUGGACACCGAUCGGAUAUGCUUGGGUGUGGUUUAUGGCGAUUGUGUCUAUUGCGGUCUAUGCUGUCGACACCUUCACUGCCGUCAAUCUCCUCGCCUUUAACAAGUGGAGCUCGCAGAUCAAGCCCGCCAUCGACUUCAAGUACAGCAAAUGGAUCUUCGCUGCCUGUAUCUUGUUUUCCUGGUUGCUGUGUUUCUACGAGUGGCUGCGCGCCAUCCGUGUCAUACGCAGAGGCGGUGUGGCGGAAAGCUACAUGGAUCCAUUGGCCGUCACGCUGCAGACUAUACGGCCGCGAGGCUGGCGGAGGUUCCUCGUCUUCACGGAGUUGACGAAGAGCAAGAAAGGUGCGGAUUACGUGGCCUUCUUCGUCUACUUUGCGUUCAACGGCGCGAUUCGAGUUGUUCUGGCCGAAGGGCCAAGACAAUUCGUUAACGCCAUGACACUGUACGCUGUGAUGAAUGCGGAUCUGGUCGUUCGCGGAACACCGACCAAUCACCACUCUUCCAUCGAGCAAUUCUUCCUCAAUCUUGAAGCGUUAGCGGACAAGAACCACGAGCAGGCGGUCAUCCUUUUCUCCAUGCUGUUCACGCUUGUUAUCUGGGUUUUCAGCGCAUUGUCACUUAUUAUUGCAGCAAUAAUGUACCUCGUCUUCCUGUGGCACUACAUACCGCAGCGAGACGGGCGUCUUAGCGUUUACUGCAGGCGCAAGAUUGACCGGCGGCUGGAGAAGAUAGUAGAGCACAAAAUCAGAGCGGCCAUCGAAGAAGAGGAGCGCAAGAAAGCAAAGGCUGAGAUGAAGGCUGAACUCAAGAGGCAAAAGACCGGUGAGGUGCCACCUCUCAAAGAACCGAGCAUCAAGCAGAAGUUGCACAGAGCGCCUACUCUGCCGCAAAUUGGCGAAAGCCCAGAGCUUAAGCAGCAGAACGAACUGUCCAGCUUCCCACUUGUAAGACAGGACACUAACGCCACCGUCGCGACGCUGCCACGCUAUGAGAGCAGGCCACCAACAAGGGAUGGAAGCCAGCAUAGUCUGCCGGCAAUGCCGAACACGGUACACAGGCCUAGCAUGCCCUCGCGGAACGGUACGCAGGGCUCUGCAUUCUCAAACACAAGCUACGAGUCAAACGCACCGCUUCUCGCCAAUGCUGGAUACGCUGGCGAAGGUGGCAGAUCAUCCCCAGCUCCUAGCAUGCCGCCUCCAGCCUUCAGCCGGCAGGCCUCGGAGGCAUCC